AUGGCUUCCACCGAUCCAUUCGUGAAUGGCUCGGAGAAGCCAGAUCCGACCGGCUCCACGAGUAACCCAGCAUCAAUGAUCGCGAAAGAGCGGGAACCAGAGGAUAAAGAUGGAAAAUUUGCGCUAGGUCGGCGAGGCCAGCUUGUAUUUUUCACUUUGGCCGUUCUCACAUUGAUGGCGGCUCUGGAUGGAACGUCACUUUCUGUUGCUCUACCGACCAUCGCCCGGGCCCUUAAUGGAACCGCUAUUGAAGCGUUUUGGAGUGGGACAUCGUUCCUAUUAUCGUCCACAGUCUUCCAACCAAGCUUUGCAUCGUUCUCAAACAUUUUCGGCCGUCGCCCCAUGGUGCUGAUCGCGAUCCUCUUUUUCUGCGUCGGAGCCAUUGUUGCCGCGGUUGGAGAUAACUUCACUUACAUGCUAGUCGGCCGAACAAUCCAGGGUGUCGGUGGUGGUGGGAUCAUUGCCCUAAGUGAAGUAAUCAUCACCGACCUCGUACCACUGAGAUAUCGUGGUCAAUACUUCGGUAUCCUGAGCGCGAUGUGGAGUGUUGGCUCAGUGGCCGGACCUAUUCUCGGUGGAGGCUUCGCAGAAAAAGUGUCAUGGCGAUGGAUCUUUUACAUCAACUUCCCGUUCAUUGGAGUUGGUGCCGUUUUUGUGGUCCUCUUUCUGAAUCUCAAAAUGCUGCCUAGCUCUCUAGCGGAGAAGCUCCGUCGCAUCGACUAUAUCGGAACGGUUCUCUUCGUCGGGAGCAUGUCAUCAUUUUUGAUCCCUCUUACCUGGGGUGGAGUCUCGUAUCCCUGGGACUCGUGGCAUACAUUGGUACCUUUGAUAAUCGGCGCCGUGGGACUGCUCCUCUUUGCUUUCUAUGAACACCGCUUCGCCACGGAUCCAAUCAUCCCGCCAAAGGUCUUCCAGAACCGAACCUCAGUAGUUUCGUUUAUUGGGAGUGCCUUACAGGGAUUGAUUCUUUGGUGUACACUGUACUACCUCCCGCUCUAUUAUGAGGCUGUGAAGGAAUACAGUCCUAUCCUUUCCGGUGUUGCCCUCUUCCCGGAGACAUUCACAGUCGCACCAAGCGGGCUGGUCGUUGGCAUUCUCAUCACAGUUACCGGUCACUACCGCUGGGCUAUCUGGCUUGGAUGGGCCAUUUCUACCAUUGGGCUGGGGUUGAUGUGUAUUAUCAAAUCCUCCACCAGCGUGGCAGGAUGGAUCCUACUCAAUGUCGUUCCGGGCCUAGGCCUUGGUAUCCUCUUCCCCUCGCUCGGGUAUGCGGUGCAAGCAUCAGCGACUUCGGAGAAUCUGGCUAUUGCAGUGGCUAUGUUCAGCUUCUUCCGCGCUCUCGGGCAGGCAAUCGGCGUGGCCGUUGGGGGUGUGGUCUUCCAGAACCGCAUGCGCAACAACCUGCUGAAGUAUCCCGCUCUCGCUCCCAUGGCCGACGCAUACAGCCAAGACGCAGCUGGCCUUGUCCAGAUUAUCAAGGGAAUGGCGGAUGGCGCGGAUAAGUUGGAUCUGAAAGAUGCUUACACAGACAGUCUGCGCAUCGUGUGGGCGGUCUGCUGUGCGAUCUCUGGUGUUGCCCUGCUAUUUAGUCUGUUGACUGAGUCUUACGAUAUCGACCAAGACUUGGAGACCAAGCAAGGUCUUCGAGAGCGCAAUGGCCGAGAUCUUGGCGAGAAGGAUGUUGAGGCUUCUGCCGAAAGAGCUACCCAGAAGACUACGCCUUGGGCUUAUUGA